AUGGCUGAAGAGAGGGAGGUGCUGGAGGUGCCCCUGAAUGGGAACCCGCGUGCGGAUACUCAGGGGGAAACGGCCCCCGGGGCCAUCCCCAGUGAGAAGAGCUACGAGUUCGUCGCGGACGACGUCACGUCGAACAGGACCAACUCGGUCAAGAGAAUGCUCAUCAAGGAGUACAGGAAGAUAGGCCGUGGGGCCUUCGGGACAGUCGUGCAGGCGUACAUCACGCCGAACAAGGAGAAUUGGUACGGGCCCUUCGCUAUUAAGAAAGUGCCCGCGCAGACAGAGUACAAGUCCAGGGAGUUAGAGAUCCUUCGUGUCACCGACCACCCGAAUAUCGUCAAGUUGGAAUACUUCUUCACGCACGUGUCCCCCUCAGACAACAAAGUAUACCAGCAUCUUGCCAUGGAGUGCCUCCCAGCAACGUUGCAGAUAGAGAUUAGCAGGUACGCGCACAACAAGAUGGAGUUGCCCCUGAAACAUGUGAAAUUGUACAGUUACCAGAUCGCUAGAGGUAUGCUCUAUUUGCACGCAUUCGGGAUAUGUCACAGAGACGUCAAACCGUCAAAUAUCUUGGUCGACCCAAGCUCAGGGGUACUCAAAAUAUGUGACUUCGGCUCAGCGAAAAAAUUGGAACCGGAUCAACCGUCAAUCAGUUACAUUUGCUCCAGAUUCUACAGAGCACCAGAACUGAUCUUGGGGUCCACGCAGUACACGACACAGGUGGACAUCUGGGGGCUUGGGUGUGUCAUCGGAGAGAUGCUUGUCAGCAAAGCUAUCUUCCAAGGACAGGAACCCCUGUUGCAAUUGCGCGAAAUCGCAAAACUGCUGGGACCACCGGACAAAAAAUUUAUCUUCUUCUCAAACCCAAGUUACGAUGGACCUCUGUACUCGAAACCAUUGUUCACGGGCACGCCACAGUCCAGGUUCGAAAAAUAUUUUGGUAAAUCGGGACCAGAUGGGAUCGAUCUGCUCAUGAAAGUGCUCGUUUACGAACCACAGACAAGAUUGUCACCAAGAAGGAUCUUGGCUCACCCGUUCUUCGACGACCUCAGAAGAGAGAAAUAUUUUUUCCCAAGAGAUCAUGCACAGCCGGUAAACCUGCCGGACUUGUUCAACUUCAACGAAUUCGAAUUACAAAUACUAGGAGACUUUGCAGAAAGGGUGAAACCAUCACAAGAGGAGCACUCGCAAUAA